AUGGCAAGAAGUGAAUCUCCUGUUGUUGUUGCACAGUCAAAGAAGGUUCCUUUGGACAAGGCAGAAGUCAUGGUCCUCAGGGCUCACCUAGAGGACUGGAAGUCUGUCAAAGGAAAAGAACAAUCCAGGGUCCUUAUUGAAAGCUCGAAAAAGACUUACAAGCAGUGGCUGCAGAACAACUCUCACCGGAAACAAGCUCCGAAGUCCCUCAUCAAGUAUGGCAGGCAUUGGACUGCUUGGCAAGUCUUAGUUCAUACCAACAAUGCCCUCAUCCGAGAGGAGACAGGGGAAAUGGCUGGCAGUGAAGGAAUAAUCGGCAAAUGGCCGAAGGCUGCAAUGACCAUUAUUAAUCAUUUGUCAGCGGAGGAGAAGGAGGAAGCCCAAGCCAUGGCAGAGAAGUGGAACAAUGAGGCGGCACCACGUGAAGUCCAGGCCCAGGUCGCUGAGACCAAAGGAGCCGACAUGAUUGAGCAUUUUGCCACAGAAAUGUUCAAGAAAGCCGCUGCUAUUCGACCCUAA